GGCAUCAUCCGGUAUAAAAUGGUGGGAACAAUUCCCCGCAAUAUAGAUUACGGGAGCAAAUCACGGGGCUCCCCAGGCUCCCUCGCUCCCUUUGACAACGCCGGGGAUGGCUUCGAUAACCCCACGGGCGUCCAUAGGCUCCUGUUCCUACGAAGCACAAAACAACAGCCCUCUCUGCUCACCUUGACGGAUGGAGUGACGGAGGCAAGCUAUCGAUUCUGGUACCACGCUACUGACGUGUGUGUUUCAUGUUCGGAUCGUAGGUCUCGUCAAUAUGACUCGGUGCGUUCGUCUCUUGCGUCUAGGAUCGCCAAUGGCUUGACUGGAGAAAAGAAACUCGCCGAGGGCCGGCAAAGCAAUCCUUUCCAGGAAGCCAGUGGUGCAAUAUGGUGGCCGGCUGACCGAAGUCCUAUUCUGUCGUCUGCAUCUAGACCUACUUCGCGCCAGAGUCAAUGAUGGUGGUUCAACGUCCCACGACGGGUUCAAGGCGUCCCAUUUCCUGUCGCACUAGACCCCAGAACCCCGCAGAUUGAUUCGGUCCUCUCUUAUCUGCCUUCCUCCUGGCUCUCAUCUUGCGAGCCUAUCAGAGAUGUCCCCACGGCAUCGCGGUAACGUCGGACGGUGCUCACUGUCGGCUACAAAGCCCUGGACAUCUGCCACGUUUCCUGGACUUUAGCAAGGGCAAGCCCCCACCAACAUCAACACCGUUGCCAUCAAUCUCUUGCGAGAAGAAACAUGGCUACCAACAAGACGACCGCAGACAGCGUCACAGCUAACGCUCCUCAACCUCAAGAACAGCAAGUGAAGGUAGCUCCGUACGACGAAAAGACCGAUGCACUCUCGGACGAAAAGCACCUUGAAGAUGUUGGCGCCAACGAGCACAAUCUCGUUUACGAUGAUGUGGACGAGGAACCGGAACUGCAUGCUCGUACCUACAUAGCUCUUUUGGCUAUGUUCGUCCUCAACAUGGUGCAAGUCUUUGCCCUCCAAGGUCCUCCGGCCGUGCUGUCUAUCAUUGGCAAGGACCUUAACAACGCAGAAACCCAGACGUGGGUACCCAACUCGCUGUCUCUGGUACAAGCUGUGCUCGGCCCAGUCAUAUCCGCUGCAUCAGAUACCUUCCAGGCGCGAAAGUUCAUCCUCGUUGGCUCCUCCCUCAUAUCGCUUAUCGGCGCUGCAAUCGCGCCUGGGUCGGACGACAUCUACAGGCUGAUCGCAGCACAAACAUUGAUCGGUGUCGGAUUUGCUUCAGUCCCUCUUGCAUAUGCAGUGCCCAGCGAGAUUCUGCCCAGAAAAUGGAGACCGAUGGCUCAAGCUUGUAUGAACAUCGCCGCAGCCUUGGGCGCUAUCUCAGGUCCUCUGAUCAUCGGCGCUCUGACCAGGGCCAACGAGAAGGACGGCUGGCGCAAGUUCUGGUGGAUUCAAAUGGCGCUCUGGGCCAUCACCGCGAUUGGUAUCUUCGUCGGCUACCGACCGCCCAAGCGACACACCCGUCUUGACCACCUUUCUUUCUGGCAAAAGCUGACCCAUCUCGACCUUCCCGGCAUCGGUCUCCUCACGGCCGGUUUGUCCUUGUUCCUCGUGGGCCUCAAUCUGGGUGGUGGAUUGUAUUCCUGGACGAAUUCUCGGACACUCGUCACCCUUGUCCUAGGCAUCGUGAUCAUGAUUGGCUUCGGUGUGUACGAGUGGAAAGGCACCCGCACUGGAGUCCUACACCACGACUUGUUCAAAGGCGGCAAGGACAGAGGGCGCACAUUCGCCAUUUGCGUCGCCCUCAUCUUUGUCGAGGGUAUCAUGCUCUUCUCAUACAUUGUCUUUUUCCCAGUCAUGUCGUCCUCGCUGUUCACAACCGACCCCUUCAUAACUGUGGCGCGGUCCCAACCCUACUGGAUCGCCGGCCUCCUGUCCGCCCUGGUCUGGGGCUACUCGAGCACACGCUUCCGCACGAUCCGCGAACCCUUGUUCCUCGGCUUCCUCUUCUUCACCGCAGGCAUCGUGGGUCUCUGCACGAUCCAACCGGGCGACAGUUUCAGCCAACUCGCUUUCUGUGCGCUCGCGGGCUUCGGCUUCGGCGCCCCACUCAUCCUGAUCAUCACAGGCGUCCAACUCUCCACGCCGCACCGGCUCAUCGCGACCGCCACCGCAGUAGUGACGUCCUCGCGCGCCGUUGCGGCGACAAUGUUCACCGCCAUCUACUCGGCCGCAUUGAACACCCGCCUCGACACGAACCUGCCCAACGACAUCGGCAAGGCCGCCCUCGCGGCAGGAUUGCCCGCAAGCAGUCUCAAGGCGUUCAUCGGCGCGCUGGCCGGCGGCGACACAGCUGCGCUAGCGGGCAUUCCGGGCGUCACUCCCGCCAUCAUCGCGGCGGGCGUGGCUGGGCUGAAGCAGGCCUUUGCAGACAGCCUCCGGGUCGUGUACAUAAUCGCCGCGGCCUUCGGGGCGGUGGCGUGCAUCUUGUGCCUUUUCCUCGGCGACAUGCGCAAGACGAUGAAUUAUGCGGUCGAUGCCCCCGUCGAGGAACUGCACGCCAAGCAUCACCACAACCAGCAAAGUGCUUAAGCGAAGGCUAUGGUAGGGCAAAAGACAAGACGGGACUCGGUGGAAAGGCGAUGUGGCAUGCUGCAAAGACAAAAAAGGAGCUCGGUCCAACGUACAGACCAAGUCAAAGGUAACAUGCAGCAGGGUGUACACCGUACUCCGUACGUUAGGCAUUAUUUGACCAAAAGAAUUGUGUCGAACAUAACAGACAGUCGGACGGCUUGCCUAAAGACUGCUGCAUGAUGGGUCAAUUGUUAAUUCGAGCUUUUCGCAAAUAAGACAGAACACAGUCGAAAACGAAAUCUGACCACAGUGUAGCUCCAA